CUCUACUUUUUCACUGUCUUGUCUCUCCUCGCGCCACUCCUCCACUGUCACCUCACUCUCUUUCCGUCGCCGUCGCCGACUUGCCGGUGAGAUUCCGCUCUUUCUCCUCGUCCUCCUCUUCCGCCGACGUUUCACUACGUCAUCUCCGGGUGCAAAAACCGCUCCUCCAUUUCCGAAAUUAGGGUCAUGGGUUCAUCAGGUAUGGAUAUUGAUGUGGAUGAUAUGAUGGACGAUUGUGAGCCGUUUAGUGUGUCUGAGUUUGGGGAAACUUUUCUCCAAGACUUCUGCAGGAAAGCUGCAACGUCGUUCUUCAAUGAGUAUGGGCUCAUAAGCCACCAGAUCAAUUCUUACAACCAUUUCAUACAACACGGGCUCCAGAAGCUGUUCGAUUCACUAGGUGAAAUGAUCGUUGAGCCCUCGUUUGAUCCAACAAAGAACAAAGACCAUGAUUGGCGGUAUGCCUCGGUGAGGUUUGGGGAAGUCAGUGUUGAAAAGCCUACAUUCUUCGCAAAUGGCAAGGAAUUUAAGUUUCUUCCAAGGCAUGCUAGGCUUCAGAACAUGACGUACUCAUCAAGGAUGAAAGUAAACGUCGAAGUUGAGGUGUUUACGAGGAAAGUUGUCAGGCAAGACAAAUUUAAGACAGGAAAAGAUGAGUUCGUUGAGAAGAAAGUUUUAGACGUUAAAAAACAGGACAUUCCGAUUGGUCGGAUUCCAGUGAUGGUGAAGUCAGAUCUUUGCCACAUGAAGGAUGACGAGAAGGGUGACUGUGCCUUUGAUCAUGGGGGUUAUUUUGUGAUAAAGGGCGCUGAGAAGGUGUUUAUUGCUCAAGAGCAGAUAUGUUUAAAGAGACUCUGGGUUUCCCGUACUCCAGAAUGGACAGUUGCCUACCGUUCAGAAAUGAAAAGAAAUAGACUCAUCGUGCGUCUAGGUGAGCCCCCGAAAUCGGAAAAUUCUAACAGAACAGAGAAAGUUCUUACUGUUUAUUUCUUGUCAACGGAUAUCCCUGUCUGGAUCCUGUUCUUUGCCCUGGGUGUCUCGUCAGACAAAGAAAUCAUUGAUCUGAUUGAUUGUGGCUGUCACUAUGCAAGCUUAGUCAACAUUUUCUUGGCCUCUAUUCGUGAUGCCGAUGGAGUCGGUGAAGGAUUCAGGCAUGGGAUAAAUGCUAUAACAUAUGUAGGAAAUCAAAUAAAAAACACAAAAUUUCCUCCCGGUGAAAGCCCGGAUGAGUGCAUAAGCCUCUAUAUGUUUCCGGGUCUCAAAGGUGUGAAGCAAAAAGCACGUUUCCUGGGCUACAUGGUGAAGUGCCUUCUACUUGCCUACUGUGGGAAACGAAAAUGUGAAAAUAGAGACAGUUUUAGGAACAAAAGGGUUGAUUUGGCAGGAGAAUUGUUAGAGACAGAGCUACGGGUGCAUUUGUUACAUGCAAGAAAGACCAUGACCAAGGCUAUGCAGAGGCACCUGACUGGAGAUGGUGAUCUGAAGCAAAUUGAGCAAUAUUUGGAUGCUUCCAUUAUCACUAAUGGACUAACAAGAGCUUUCUCAACUGGAGCUUGGUCUCAUCCUUUCAAGAAGAUGGAAAGGAUUUCAGGCGUUGUGGCAACUCUAGGUCGAGCAAAUCCAUUGCAGUCAUUGAUUGAUCUUAGGAGAACACGACAACAGGUUCAAUACAAUGGGAAGGUUGGAGAUGCAAGAUAUCCGCACCCUUCUCACUGGGGCCGGGUUUGCUUUCUGUCGACCCCUGAUGGAGAGAAUUGUGGUCUGGUGAAGAAUUUAUCCCUCCUGGGACUUGUUAGCACUGAAAUCUUGGAGCCUCCUGUGCUUAAAGUGCUUUUUGAAUGUGGAAUGGAGGAGCUGGUGAAUGACACGAGCUCAUCGCUGCAUGGCCAAUAUAAAGUGUUUUUGAAUGGAGAUUUGGUAGGAGUCAGUGCAAAUUCUGAAUCUUUUGUCUAUGAGUUGAGAAGUAGGCGGCGUCAGAAGGAAUUACCUCAUCAGAUGGAAAUCAAGAGAGAUGCAAACGACGAAGAAGUAAGAAUUUUCACCGAUGCUGGGAGAAUUCUUCGACCUCUUCUGGUUAUAGAGAACAUUCACAAGUUGAAGCAGGACAAACCGAUACAGUACUCCUUCCAGCGUCUUUUAGACCAAGGGAUUCUUGAGCUGAUUGGAAUUGAAGAAGAAGAAGAUUGCCGCACGGCAUGGGGGAUCAAGCACCUUCUGAAGGAAGAUAAAGUUGGAAUGUCCAAAGGUUAUACACACUGUGAAUUAGACAUGUCUUUCUUGCUAGGUGUUAGCUGUGGAAUUGUUCCGUUUGCCAAUCAUGACCACGCAAGGAGAGUUCUGUACCAGUCCCAGAAACACUGUCAACAGGCCAUUGGUUUCUCCACGACAAACCCUGGUAUCAGAUGUGAUACACUGUCUAAUCAGCUCUUCUAUCCUCAGAAGCCCCUUUUCAGGACACUGGCCUCAGAUUGUCUUGGAAAAGAGGUCUUAUACAAUGGUCAGAAUGCCAUAGUUGCAGUGAAUGUGCAUCUUGGGUUCAAUCAAGAGGACUCAAUUGUAAUGAACAAGGCGUCGUUGGAACGUGGGAUGUUCCGGACUGAGCAUAUUAGGAGCUAUAAAGCCGAGGUGGAUACCAAGGAUGAGAAGAAAAGAAAGAAGCUGGAUGACCAUGUAUACUUUGGGAAGACUGCCAGCAAGAUUGGUCGUGUCGACAGCCUUGAUGAUGAUGGAUUCCCCUUCAUCGGGGCAAAUAUGCAGAGUGGUGACAUUGUCAUCGGCAGAUGUGCCGAGUCAGGGGCUGAUCACAGCAUAAAACUCAAGCACACUGAGAGAGGAAUGGUUCAAAAAGUCAUCUUGUCGUCUAAUGAUGAUGGGAAAAACUUUGCUACAGUUUCUCUGAGGCAGGUUCGUUCCCCGUGUCUUGGAGACAAAUUCUCCAGUAUGCAUGGUCAGAAGGGUGUUUUAGGUUAUCUGGAGUCACAAGAGAACUUUCCUUUCACGAUACAAGGAAUAGUUCCAGAUAUUGUGAUAAACCCACAUGCAUUUCCUUCAAGGCAAACCCCAGGUCAACUGUUAGAGGCUGCUUUGUCCAAGGGAAUUGCAUGUGGUGUCAAAACAAAGGGCAAGACUGUUGGGAGUACAGCAAAAUUGACGAGGCACGCUACUCCUUUCUCCACUCCGACUGUUGACGAUAUCACCGAUCAGCUUCACAGGGCCGGGUUUUCGAGAUGGGGGAGUGAAAGAGUAUACAGCGGUAGGACAGGAGAAAUGGUACGCUCUCUUAUAUUCAUCGGUCCCACGUUCUACCAGCGGCUGGUUCACAUGGCUGAGGACAAAGUCAAGUUCAGGAACACGGGUCCGGUCCACCCGCUAACCCGCCAACCAGUUGCAGAUAGGAAACGGUUUGGAGGCAUUAAGUUUGGAGAGAUGGAACGUGACUGCUUAUUAGCCCACGGCGCCUCAGCCAACCUGCACGAACGUCUCUUCACUCUCAGUGACUCGUCAGAGAUGUAUAUCUGCAGGAGAUGUGAAAGCUUGGCCAAUGUUAUCCAGAGAGCUGUCGGGAACCACAAGAUCCGAGGGCCGUACUGUCAGCUCUGUGGUUCAGCCGACAACAUUGUUCGGGUCAAUGUUCCUUAUGGAGCCAAGCUACUGAGUCAGGAGUUGUUCAGUAUGGGCAUAACUCUCAAGUUUGAGACUAGGCUCUGCUAGGUUAGUUUUCUGUAAAUGUUAUGCAAUGGUUUUGGUAUUUGCUCAGGCUAAUUCACGGAGCUUUUGUGUAAGUUCAGCCUCAUAUCCUGUGGUUCUAGUAUCUGUUUAUAUUAACCGGAUUGAUAACCGGGAUGAUAUUUGGUUUGUACCUUUAUCCCUGUGGUUCUAGUAUCGGUUUAUGCUAACCAGAUUUAUAACCGUAUUUUGGUUUGGUGAAAUGGAAUUUGGUUUCUACA